AUGGCAUCAGAACAUAAGGAUUGUGAUGGACGAAUACGAUGUCCUUGUGUGAGAUGUAUAAAUAGUAGGUUUGAAAAAAUAGAUAGGGUUAGAGCACACGUAUUUGAUCGAGGUUUUAUGCAAGGAUAUGAUAAGUGGAUUUAUCACGGGGAGCCUGAGGAUGUCGUCGUUGAUGUAGCAGUUGCUGAUGUUGAAUCAGAGGAUGAAAUGAUUCCUAUUUUAGAAGACUUCUUUCCUUCGACGACUGAGGAACCACAAGGAGAAGAUGAACAACCAACCACAAACCCACAAUUUGAUGACUUAUUUGAGGAAAUUGAAGCUCAAUUGUAUCCCGGUUGUGAUUGGAUUUCAUCUCUUAACUUUUUAGCAAAGCUAUUGCAUUUAAAAGUUAGGGGAAAAAUUCCUAAUAACAUCUUUGAAGAAUUAUUGAAGCUUUUAAAGUUUGCGUUUCCGAAGGAAAAUAAUAUUCCAUCAACUUACUACGAGGCAAAAAAGAGAUUGAAGAAAUUAGGCUUGGGUUAUGAUAAUAUCGAUGUCUGUUUGUAUAAUUGCUGCUUAUUUUAUAAGGAGAAUGCAUCCAAGGAGGCUUGUCCAGUUUGCGGAACUAGUCGUUGGGUUACUUCCGAAAACAGGAAAAGAAAAAAAGUUCCUUGCAAAGUCAUGCGAUACUUUCCGUUGACACCUCGACUUAAAAGAUUAUAUAGUUCGAGGAUUACAGCGAAAAGCAUGAUAUGGCAUCAUACUGGAAAAUCAAAAGAUGAUGGGGUGUUGCGACACCCGGUCGAUGGUUUAGCUUGGAAAGACUUUGAUGCAAAACAUCCCGAGUUUGCAAGGGACCCAAGAAAUGUUCGACUUGGGUUAGCUGCGGAUGGAUUUAAUCCAUUUGGCAACAUGAGUCUUGCAUACAGCAUGUGGCCAGUGGUGUUGGCUAACUAUAAUCUACCACCUUGGUUAUGCAUGAAAGAUAAUUAUUUUUUGCUCUCUACCCUAAUUCCUGGUGCAAAAUCUCCAGGUAAAGACAUGGAUAUAUUUUUAAGACCUUUGGUGGAUGAAUUAAAGGAGUUGUGGAAUAAUGGGGUAGCAACAAGAGAUAGUUCGACCAACUCGAUGUUCACCAUGCGUGCUGCGCUUUUGUGGACAGUGAAUGAUUUUCCUGCUCGUAGUAGCUUGUCUGGGUGGAGUGGUCAAGGUUAUAAAGCUUGCCCUACUUGUAAUGAAGACACGACAUCCAUUCGAGUGAUCGGGAAGACAUCAUAUGUUGGUCAUCGAAGGUUCUUGCCAAGUAACCAUGCAAUGAGAAGGGAUACUCGAUUUGAUGGUAAAGCUGAAAGAAGACCUCCUCCAAGACGAUUUACUUGUGAAGAAAUAUUAUCACAAGUUAAUGCUCUCGAACCCCAAAUUCCCGGACAUCAUGAAAAUUUUGGGGGCGUGAAACGUAGAAGAGUUGCAGAAAAUUGUAAUUGGAGGAAAAAAAGUAUUUUCUACGAGUUGGAGUAUUGGAGCACGAAUAUUUUGAAACACAACAUUGAUGUCAUGCAUGUUGAGAAGAAUGUGUGUGAUAGUCUCCUAGGAACCAUCUUGGAUAAUGAUAAAUCAAAGGACACAACCAAUGCGCGCCAUGAUUUAAAGAAGAUGGGUAUUAGGGAAUCGUUGUGGAUUUAUGAAGAUGCGAAUGGGAGGCUAAUGAAACCGCAUGCUCCUUAUGUUUUGACUCGUGAUAAAAGACAACUUUUUUGUCAGUUUGUUAAAGGAAUAAAGUUUCCCGAUGGCUUCUGUUCAAAUUUAAAGAGCAAAGUUUCUCCAGAUGAGUCUAACAUUAUUGGGUUAAAAUCCCACGAUUGUCAUGUCAUUAUGCAGCGAGUACUAGCGGUUGGUGUCCGUAAAUUUCUACCUCGUGACACUGCAACAACUAUUACUCAGUUGUCUUUUUUUGACAUAAUGAUACACUUGGUAUUGCAUUUGCCUGAAGAAGCGAUAUUGGGUGGCUCGGUCUUUAUGAGAUGGAUGUAUCCUUUUGAAAGGUACAUGAAAAAAUUGAAGAAUUAUGUGGGAAAUAAGGCACGUCCUGAAGGGUCAAUUGCAGAAGGUUAUGUUGCGAUGAGGCGCGGACUUAUCAAGGCUCUUGAUCAUACCAGUCGUGAAAAAGCUGAGUGGUACAUUCUUCAAAAUUCUCCUGAAAUCCAAGCUUACUUAGAUGAACAUUUGGACAAGAUCAAGCAUGAAAAUCCUAAUGGUAAUCACGAUGCCUUGCAUAGGCAAACUUUCCGUCCGUGGUUUCACAAGAAGAUAUAUGAGCUGCACAAGCUUGGAACUUUACAAAAUGGUGAUGAGUUACUCGCUCUCGCUUCCGGGUCUGAUUACUUAGCAACAUUUUACGAAGUGUCAUUGUUUGAAUGUAAAUGGUAUAACACUAAUCCAUUAAGAAAGAAGACAAUCACUGAAAAUAAUAUAACUAGUAUAAAUACUCGUGGACAUUGGUAUCAAGAUGAACCGUACAUCCUUGCCAACCAGGCAAAGCAAGUUUUCUAUCUUGAAGAUCCACUCAGAGGUCGCGAUUGGAAGGUUGUUGAAGAUAUUAGCCAUCGACAAAUUUGGGACAUUACUGACAACGAAGAUGAGACUGAUGUAGAUGUUGUUAGUGAUUCUAACUCUGCCAAUUUUGUGUUGACAGUUGAUCUUGGAGAGUUGAUUAUGCAAUCGAAUGAACCUCCAGUAAUUGUUGAAUCGUCCGAUCGCUUAGUGGAUUCUGAGAUAGAGAAUAAUGAACUGGAUGAGAAUUAUGUUGCUGAAGAAGUAGAUGAUUUACUAGUUGAACAUGUAGAGGAUGAAAAUGUAAACUUAGUGAAUGAUGGAAAUGAUAGUGAUUCUUCAGUGUAA